UUGAAUGAGGAAGAAGCGGGAGAGAUGAUCGUUUCUGUUUUUUACUGCAUUUUUGUGAUUGGUAUUGUUUUGUGAGGGACGCCGGGAAGCGAGAACCUUAUUAAUUGAAUCAAAAGAUAAAAACAAAAGUUGAAAUAGCAGUAAAAACCUGAGUAAAUAACCAUUAGCCAUAGCGAAUAUCUUGGAGCCCGUUCUCUGUAGCCUAGCUUGCACUAGCUAGUUAGCUUGUUAGCCAAAGGCGCUAACUAGCUAGCUAGCUAACUAAAACAAGGGAAACUAACUCUGGGGUCCUCGUUAGCUAACCAUCUAACCCUGCUUUGCAUGCUAGCUACGCGGGCAUUGGUAUGCGAACGACGGGUAUGAGUAGUCAAAGCUUUAGGCUGCGUUUGCAGACUAGCUAGCUAGGCAAGUGGAAACAACCUUGAAAGAGUUUAUUCUCCUAACCAGUAUAGUUUUCGCACUAUAUACUGCUGUUUCUGAGGCUGCAAAAGCAUGUUUAGUAAACUCUAUGAAUGGAUAGGAACUGGCAUCGCCAAUCUCCGAAACGGCGCGCCUGCUACAGGUCACCGAGCGGCUGAUGUUCAGCAAGACGGUCCGAACAGAAGGAAAAGACCGAUAAACUGUGUUGAUGACGGAGAGACCGCUGACCAAGAAGAUGGGACGGUGAAGAAGUUCAGGAUGGGAGAAUGGAUGGACACGGUGAAGAUCGCCGCUAAGGAGGUGAAGAACCAGGGCUCCAGCGUGGCGUCGUGGGUAAGGAACAACGUGAGCCCCUCCCUGAGCAACAUCCUGCCGGCGUCGCCUGGCCCACCGGCCCUCUCGUCCGCGUCAGAGCCCCAGGCCCUGCCCUCCCCUGCCGCACCGUCGUGGACAGAGAGCGAGUUUCAGGUGAGAACUCCUGGCUCUCUAGGAGAGACUUUCAUUGCUCCCUCAAAUACUCUGGACUGGAAAACUUCAAAAUCAGAGUCCCUGAGGAUUGACAAGUCUGUAGUGGGAUCAGGGAUUUGCAGACGGCAUGCUUGUCUGGAUCUCCCGCAGCGCGAGACGCCCAAAACCAAUGGGCACUCCGUACCUCUGCCACCCCUCUGUAGCCCCAAAACAUGCCCCUCUCCCCGCCUGGGCAGGACCCUCAAUUUAGGACCACGGAGUUCGUUGUCCCUUGCAGGGCCCGCCAAAGCCAGCCCAUCCUUCACCAGCAUGUAUGAGAAGACCUUUCCCAUUCGCGUGGUGCAGAGCCCCUCCCACGGCAGCUCCCCUCGCCUCUGCCGCAGGAGACAACGGUGCACAGCACAAGAGUCGGUGCGUGAAGAGGAGAAGGAGGUGUACAGGCAGCUGCUGGUCAUGGUGACUGGGGGUCAGUCUUCCUUGUUCCGCGAUGGGACGUCCUGCGGUGGCCUGCGCUCGCACAGAGACCUCACCAGCUUCCUGACCUCCAGUCGUAGGCUGCUCCAGUGCACGUUCCCUGCUGGGUCAGGGGAAAGAGACGCCUCUGAGGGCCCCAGCGCACCCCCCAGCCCCCAGCCAGAGUCCAGCGUGGCCUCCAGCAACCUCCCGAGCCCUGGGGAAGCCUCAAGUGGGGCAGAGAACCAGACCUGGGCCUCCCUCUCCAGCCCAAGAGGUGCUCCAGCACAGCCUUUAGAUCCCUCUCCAGCCACCCUGCUAGACAGCUCCUCCCAGGACACGCUGUCCUCAGCUCAAAAUGGGGACUCUGUGAUAUUUGUGAAGGAACAGCAGGGGAAGACGCCAGACAGUGCAAGUGUGCCGUGCUUCCAGGCUGAACUGUGGAUCAAAGAACUGACCAGCCUGUAUGAUUCCCGCGCGCGUGAGAGACGGAGGCUGAUAGAGGAGCAGGAAGCCCUCACCGCACGGCUGUUACAUCAGCGUCUGUCUGAGGAAGGGCAUGCGGGCCAGGGAGGCGUGGAGCUGCAGGUCCGCGUCCCCCUGGAGAAGGAGGUUCCCCUGGCAGCGGUCGUCGAGGAGGUGAAAGCCAUUAAGGAGGAGCCGGAGUUCCCUGAGCUCACAGAGGCCAUGCAGGGGGAGGUGAGCCGGGCGCUGAAGGUCGGCAGCCAGGAUGAGGUCCUGAGUGAGGCGUUCCGCCUGACCAUCAAGCGCAAGGACAUCCAAACACUCAGCCACCUCAACUGGCUCAACGACGAGGUCAUCAACUUCUACAUGAACAUGCUGGUGGAGCGCAGCCAGCGGCCCGACCUGCCCUCCGUUUACACAUUCAACACUUUCUUCUACCCCAAACUGCGCAGUGCCGGCUUCUCUGCUGUGCGGCGCUGGACCAAGAAGGUGGACAUCUUCUCUGUGGACAUCCUGCUGGUGCCCAUCCACCUGGGGGUGCACUGGUGCCUGUCGGUGGUGGAUUUCAGGAAGAAAAGCAUCACGUAUUUUGAUUCCAUGGGAGGCAGUAAUGAUGAGGCCUGCAAGAUAUUGCUGGACUACCUGGCACAGGAAAGCCAGGACAAAAAGGGCAAAGAGAUGGACACCUCGAAGUGGGUGCUACAGAGCAAGAAACGCAACGAGAUUCCUCAGCAGAUGAAUGGGAGCGACUGCGGAAUGUUCACCUGCAAAUAUGCAGAGUACAUCACCAAAGACAAGCCAAUCACAUUUACACAGAAACACAUGCCCUAUUUCAGAAGGCGGAUGGUCUGGGAGAUCUUGAAUAAGAAACUAUUGUGAAUUCAGGGAGAAAUUGUGGAACAGGAAGCAGCUUGUGAAGGAAAUUGGGGAGGGGCAUAGUGCGUCCCCCUGCCUUCCUACUGAGUGUAAGAGCCCCAGGGAGGGGGUUUGGAAAAUGGGAGAUGCCAUCAUCAGCACUUUCCCAACUGCCCCACCCCCUACCCCCAUUCCGUCUGUCCAAGUAUCUGAGAUACUGCCAAAUUAAAGGGUCUAUUUCUUUUGGUUGUUUAACUUUAAAUAUCUGUAACUCAGGUGCAAAGAACACUACAGAAUUAUGUUCUCCUCUCUGUAGUGCUUUGUCUGCACUUUUUCGUUAUUGCAGCAACCUUCUGCAACAGGUGGCAAAGCGUCUGCCUGGAGGUCCUAAUGGUUAUCCAAUAUUUCUGCAAUUAUCUGACAAGGGUGAUUUCUGCUGCUCUUUACAGAUAGAUUUCACCUGUUUUUGCAUAUCGUGUUUCUAAGCUGUUGCUACAAAAAAAGAGGGGUCAAAAAAAGGUGACCCAAAGGUGUUAACACCUCAGACUGAUACUCCUCUGAACGUGUAGCUGGGUGAUCUUAAAGGCUGGACAGAAUGUUUUUUCCGCUGCUGCUGGCAGGAGACCCCUCUGGCUGGGCCUGCUUGUGCACCUCGUGUUGGACAGCAGGAGGAAUUACCUUGGUUGAUUCCAAGUCUUUAAAAUUCAAUAAAAAGUUAAUUUCUGAGAAAUUGCUAAGGAAGGACCUUUUUGUUUCAUUGUUGAUUGGGGAAUGCACAUGCCCUCUUUCUUUAGAACCUGUCUUCAUGUGGGGUGUCUCUCCCAUUGUCCAAUCCCCCUCUUUCUGUCC